AUGAAAGCUGACGAGCGUCUUGUGGAGAUGGGCAAUAACGUGAGGAGCAUCAGGCGCACUCGUACUGGCGAGAUGCUCCUGGUGCUUAAGCGUGGCGCUAAAGACCAGGGACCGACUUACCAGAAACUGGCAAACGGGGUCGUUGGAAAUGGGGUGCAGGUAAGAUCGCUAGGCUCGACGAUCACCAUCCAGAUUAAGGACUUGGAUGAAGUGAUAGAGGCGACCAAACUAGACAAGGCGCUCAGGGAGCAGUGCCAAAUCGAGGUACCGUCAACAGCGGUUACCUUGAGGAAGGGACUGUGGCCCACGCUGCCCGGAGGCCAAGAGCAAUGCUCAGCCAUGUUCGAGGUAGCGCAGUUGAACCUGAACCAUUGCUCGGCUGCCCAGCAACUGUUGUGGCAAUCGGCAGUGGAAUGGGGAGUGGAUGUCGCAAUCAUCUCCGGCCCGUACCGUGUCCCAUCCGGCAACGGGAAUUGGGUCGAGGACGCGUUGGGGAUGGCGGCGAUAUGCACGAUGGGGAGCUUCCCCGUUCAGGAGGUAGUCUCGUCCAACUCGAGCGAGGGAUUCGUGAUCACCAGGAUGAUGGACAUACUCACUGCGGUACUUGUCGGCCUAAGACCGGUGUUCAUUGCGGGCGACUUUAACGACUGGGCGGUGGAGUGGGGCAGCCACCACACGAACCAGAGAGGAUGCAUCCUACUGGAGGCAAUGGCCAAACUGGACGUUGUACUAGCCAACACCGGCUCUGUCUUCGGCGAAGCACUGAGGCGGGAGCGAAUAACACCGGAUCUGACGGGGGAAGAACUGGUAGCAUCGCUGGCAAGGGCGUGCGAUACAACCAUGCCUAGGAGAGCCUAUCCCAGGCAUGGCCAUAGACCGGUGUACUGGUGGAGUGAGUCGAUUGCUAUCCUCAGGGCGUCUUGCCUCCAUGCGAGAAGGAGGAUGCAACGAGCUCGUACGACCGAAUCUCGAGAGGAACGCCGCGUCGCUCUUCGAGCGGCUAAGGCGGCCCUCAACAAAGAGAUCGGCAGACACAAGUGUGCGUGCUUUGACAGUUUAUGCCAAAGAGCCAACACGAACCCAUGGGGGGAUGCCUACAAAGUGGUCAUGGCCAAGACCCGUGGCGUGGCGGCACCCCCGGAUAGAUCGCCGGCGAUGUUGGCGUCGAUCGUUGGGUUCUUGUUUCCGCGUAGGGACGUUGACUCCUGGCCGUGGAUCAGGGAGAAAUGUCGAGUGACAAACAGAGAACUGAGCGAUAUUGUCAAGUCACUGGUGACCUGUCUGGACGUAGGCAUCUUCCCAGAUGCGUGGAAGCAGCAGAGGCUGGUGCUGCUCCCGAAGCCAGGAAAACCCCCUGGGGACCCGUCAACAUACAGGCCCAUUUGUUUGCUGGACACCACUGGUAAACUGCUUGAGAGUGUCAUCCUCAACAGGUUGUCGGCUUACACUGAAGGUGUAGACUGCCUGUCAAGCAGCCAGUACGGGUUCCGUAAAGGCAGAUCCACGGUGGAAGCCAUCUGUGACGUCAUUCAGACGGCAGAGGUGGUCCACCGGAAACGAAGGGGCAUCGGUUAA